AUGUUGGCAAGUCCAAUGAGCAUUUUCCAAGCACAUUCCAUCCAUUCCAAACUACACUUGACUAAAAGAACAAAGAAGGUUGGAAUCACCGGUAAAUUCGGUGUCAGAUACGGUUCAUCAUUGAGAAGACAAACCAAGAAGUUGGAAGUCCAACAACACGCCAAAUACGACUGUUCAUUCUGUGGUAAGAGAACCGUUCAAAGAGGUGCUGCUGGUAUCUGGUCUUGUAAAUCUUGCAGAAAGACUGUUGCUGGUGGUGCUUACACUGUUUCUACUGCUGCUGCUGCCACUGUCAGAUCAACCAUUCGUCGUUUGAGAGAUAUGGCUGAGGCUUAA